GGCUCCUCAGAGGUGGGUGUUUACUGCUUUGUCCGCCUGACGUCCGUUGCCUGACCUUACGUUGAGUGGAGCACAACACUACCGCUCAUCCACACACACACACAGGUAGAGGACCUCGUGUUGUCGUGAGUCAACCCAGGACCAUCGUGAGUGUUAUUCUCGGCAAAGUCAGGAAAGCGGCCACAACACCAAUAAAGAUGAUGGACGACAGUGAAGCCGGCCCCCACUCCUGCUACACCUUCACCCUGGUCCUGCUGCUACUGCUGACACACACCACCACACCAGCAGAGCCGGGGUCGGGGGAGGAAGGGGUCCACUACCGCCUGUCCCCACACCUACUGUCCGACAACGGCAGCUUUGUGAGCGAGGAGGACCUACAACUGACGAAACCCCAGGUGACGGCGUGUGUCUGGGUACGCAUCACCUACUUUAGGAGACCCUCAGUGCCUCUCAGCAUCGGCAGUAGAGAUGCCAGCGUCGGUGACGUCAGUGUAGGUGAGUUGAAAGGGGUGGCAAGGUCAGCGAUUUUCCAGAUUUUAGAACAGGUCGAAUCAUAAGCCACUUCUGAAACC